AAGAGAAGUAACUUCCAAAACGUCCCGAGUCAAGUCCUCCCUAAGAAAUCGCUACGUCAGCUUUGUGCUUGUUAUUAUGCCAAAUAAGGCUACUUCAACCACCCACUUAAUUUGAAGCUUUUUUAUUGAAUCAAGUAAUUUUCUGUUAAGUUUCCGACGCGGAGUAGUCGCUGUUGUAAAAUUCCGGCAAUGGAGAUUUCGUUUAAGGUCUCUAAGUCCGGUUUAAGGUUUCGGUCCAAAUCAUUGGUGAAAUCCAAACUCUCAAACUUUAAUUGAACACCUAACCAAUUAUAUUUUUUUAUAUCAUGAAAGAGAUAGGACAGAUAGAAGAAGAAAUAUGGGGGAGAGAGGGAGAGGAAGAUGACAAAGAGAGGUAGAGAGGAGGUUACAGGGGGAGAAUAAACAGGGAAUUAGGUUUUUUGGGGUUUUGGCUAUACAAUGCUAUUAUUUUGGGGCUGCCUUUGCUAAAUGUAAUCUAAGGCCAAAGAUUUGCCAAUUCCUAUCGUAUGUUGUCACCGGGUGCCAAUUACUCAAUUGCAAGAAUCAAGUAACUUUUCGAUUUUCAUUGCUUGAGCUUGCUCGAGUUUACUUCAUAAUCUGCACUUUUCUUUGUGUUGAUAAAUCAUGAUUCGUAUGAAUAUAUUGGCGAAAGUACCAUAGAAUCACCAGAGUUAAACCCUAGGUUGAGAAAUUGAAAUUUAAAACCCUAAUUUGAUCGAAAACAGAAAUUGGGAACAAUGCCUCAAGUGAAGAUAGUAGCCAGGAAUUUCAUGGACAUGGUGGCUUCACUGCUUGCAGUGAAGCUCGACAUGCUCUACGACAAUUCCUUUAUCUGUGAAGUCAUCCUCAGAUCGUUACCUCCCUUAGCAAAGAAGUAUGUGCUACAAUUGUUGUAUAUAGACAUACCGAUCUCGGCCAAGUCAAUGGAGGAGUGGGUGCUUCCAGAUGGAUUCUCAAAGCAUAAAGUUGCCAUUGAUAGAUUGAUACAGCUGAGAGUAAUGACGGAAACAUUUGACAGGAAGAAGGAAGCCAUGUAUCGAUUAAAUCCAAAAUUUCAAUUUAAUCUUCAGAAGCAUAUAGUCCAUGGUGGAGUCUUACCAAGGGAACCAAUGCCUUCUAAUAUCACUGUGAGGCUUCCUAGCUUGGAGGAGUUAGAGGCAUUUGCUGUUGAACAAUGGGAGUGCUUUCUGCUGCACCUUAUAAGCUCCAGUGAAGCUGGAAAGACCACAAACAUAAGCUCUUCAAUGAUGAAAAUUUUCCAGCGUGGCCUUUUAAGUCAGAGAGAUGACAGGGAACCUCCAAGGUUGACUGAAAGUGGGUUCCAGUUCCUGCUGAUGGACACAAAUGCACAGCUUUGGUACAUCAUCAGGGAGUACAUAACAAAUGCUGAGGAGCGAGGUGUGGAUUCAGCAGAUCUUAUUGCAUUUCUGUUGGAGCUAAGCUUUCAUGUUACUGGCAAGGCAUACAAUACAAACACAUUAACUGAUCUCCAGCGAAGUAUAACUAAGGACCUUUCAGAUUUGGGACUGGUCAAGCUGCAGCAGGGAAGGAAAGAGAGUUGGUUUAUUCCCACCAAACUUGCCACCAAUCUGUCAAUUAGCUUAGCAGAUACAACGUCCAGGAAACAGGGAUUUAUCGUUAUUGAAACAAACUUCAGGUUGUAUGCAUAUUCAACAUCAAAAUUACACUGUGAGAUCCUACGCCUCUUUGCAAGGGUGGAGUACCAGCUUCCAAAUCUCAUUGUCGGUGCUAUUACAAAAGAAAGUUUGUAUAAAGCUUUUCAAAAUGGCAUUACUGCUGAGCAGAUAAUUUCUUUCCUUCAGCAGAAUGCUCAUCCUAGGGUUGCAGAGAGGAUACCAUCUGUGCCAGAGAAUGUUACUGAUCAGAUUAGAUUGUGGGAAUCAGAUCUGAAUCGGGUUGAGAUGAUUCCCGCCCACCUCUACGAUGAAUUCCCUUCUAAAGAUGUCUUUGAGGCUGCAUGUGAUUUUGCCAGGGAAUAUGGAGGAUUACUGUGGGAGGACUCUAAGCAACUGCGCAUCAUAGUGAAGGCUGAUAUUUUGACAGAGAUGAAGGAAUUCCUUCGUCGUCAAAAGUAAUAGCUCAUUUGUUUUCUGAUGGCCUUCAUUUUGUACGGGGAGUAAAAUUGAUGAGGGGUGUUGUGGCUAAUAUACUGUACAUGAAUUUUGUUGCGGGUGUAUCUUUUUAUUGCGCUUCAGCUGCCUUCUUUCUUAUUCCAAAAUUUUGGGGUUUAAACAUUAUUGAAGAAAAGUGCUGUCGAAUGAUUGUUGGUCAACCUAGAUUAGAAAUAUCUUUUAUCAAAGGAAACCAAGAGGGCUACAUCAUGCUCCCUGCAUUUGCAGAGUACGUGCUAACAAAUUCUUCGUCUUUAUCCAGUGUUGGGAGCAAGAAUGGCAUACUCUUCAGCUUUCGAUACCUAGUAUAUCUACACUUUUAAUGGAAUUACAAAUCAUCUUUCCCUCGCA